UCUGUCUUCUUUUUCCCGGCAAACAAAAAGAGAACUGAUAAACGAAACGCAAGAGUGGAAAAUCGCAGAGACAUGAUGAGUUUUCGCAAACGGACCGUGCAAAAGCCAAUCCGGGGCACCCGCACUAGCCCCCACACCGCACAGGUGAUAACAUCAAGCGGCAAUCCGUCGCUUGACGAAAUUUUAGGCGGCGGUCUGCCGAUCGGUUCGAUAUGCCUGAUUGAGGAGGAUCGCUUUAUGACGCACGCCAAGGUGCUGGCCAAAUACUUCCUGGCCGAAGGUGUGGAGUCCAACCAGGAGAUAUUCCUCGGCAGUCUGGACGAUUUGCCAGCAGAAGUGUUGCGUCGUCUGCCCAAACCGCUGACCGAUGAGGAAGUGGAGCAGGAUCUGCGCCAGGAUCAGCAGGCAAAUAAGCAGCCAGCGGAUAAGAAUGGACUGCGCAUUGCGUUCAGGUACAAUGAUUUGCCGCUCGUCAAUUCGGAGCAGACUACGGCGAAGAUUGGUCAUCACUUCAAUUUGAUGGAGCACAUGGAUUCGCUGAUGCUCUACUUUACGAAAAUCACCGUGUGGGAUGACAGUCACAAGGAGCUGGAGCCCAAGGAGGAUGAUCCUAGCUACAAGGUUUCGGACGUUGUUGUGCACAACGAUGAUCUGAUUAGCUCCAGCAAAUCGUUGGAUAGCGAGCCACUACCACCGCCCGUUGAUGGCAUUGCCGAUGUAUUGCCACCUGCGCCUGCGGCAGUUCAAGUGCCAGCUGAAGCCGAUAGCGACAUCACUGCCGUUAACAACAACAACAAUAAUAAUAACAAUAACGUUGCAAUGAACAGCAGCACUGCCUAUAAUACAAUCAGCAGCACCACGAUAACACCAACAAGCACAACCGCAACCACAACUGCAACAACCACGUCGCCGGAAGCUCAGCCCCCGUCGGUGGAAUCACAAUUCUUUUAUAAUCCCCGUUACGGGCGCCUCCUCAACAAGCUAAAACAACUGCUUCAGGACGAGGGCUGUGUCUCGGGCAUGAGUGGUCAGAAGAAUUUAUACCGUAUCUGCCUCACCUCGUUGGGUUCCCCCCUGUGGUAUGACGAUAACUUUGCAUCUGACUUGCUCAAGUUCCUUACCGUCCUUCGCGCCUGUGUGCGCAACUGCACCUCUGUCUGCUUCAUCACGAUGCCCAUGCAUCUGAUAGCCAAAUACGAUACCAGCCUGGUGCCUAAGAUACGUCAAUUGGUUGACUAUGCCAUUGAGCUGGAAUCGUUUGCCGGUUCGGACCGCGAAACGCAUCCAGCCUUCAAAGAGUACAGCGGCUUGCUGCAUCUGCACAAGAUGACCGCCCUUAAUACGCUGGCCGUGCACAUGCCGGAGACCACGGAUCUGGCAUUUAAGUUGCGCCGCAAGAAGUUUGUCAUUGAGAAAAUGCAUCUGCCGCCUGAUCUGCAAGAGAUAUCGGAGAAGACAGCAGCUGGUGACAUUUUGGGGACACCGAAUUGCAGCUCUGGUGUGUCCAUCAAUUCCAAUAUAUCGAUGGAUUUCUAGUAGCUAUUUGGCCCGAUAUUAUUGUGGUCUUUGCCAUUUGCCACAAAAAAAAAACAUUUGUUGAUUGUUUCACGAUUCCCUUCCUUCCUUCCUCUAUUCCCUUCACACCCCUCUUUCUCCAAUGUGCAACAACAAACAGCCAAGUCUUUUUUGGCCCAAACUAUAACGUCAACAAUAAUACAACGUUAAGCAGAACAGGAACACAAUGAAUGUAAUCACCCACAGGAAAAAAUUGAAAGUACUGAAAGCGGAGCUAUUACAACAACCACGUACAUAUACAAAUACUAUAUACAAUAUAUUAUACAUAUACAUAUAUUUAAAGCGAUCUAGCGGCUUUUAGCCGUAUGAAACGCUAUUAGUACAACCGAUUUUACAAGUUUUUUCUUAUUUAAAAUAGAUAAUACUUAUAUAAUGUGUAAAUUGAAUGCGUGAAAAAAGAAAUUCCCAUAUUGUGUGUAUGUUUCGAGCGAA